AUGCCCACAACAGCUGCCAUCGCGCCCGAGUGCGACUCGCCUGGAAAGAGGGAUAUGUAUGUUUAUAAAUGCAACUGCAUCGUGUUUUAUGUUGUUUAUCAGCAUUGCGUGUGUGUGAAGUUUAUAGUUGUGGUCGGAGAUAUCGGAGUGCCUCUGUGUGAGUCGCUGAGCGUGUGUGGGUUCGCGAGGUGCGGAGGCCGGCGCGGUCUGAGGCGCCAGUCGACUUCUGAGCGCCGUAGGGCUGCCGCGCUAUCCGCCGCGUUGAGCCCUCUCGCGAACCCAACUUUGACAACCGACUGGAAACUUUUAAACUCAAUUUUCGUAGAUUCGACGUCCUCACGCCUGUUGCUACCUUAG